AUGCCCUUGGGGAUCGGUGGGUUGACGAGCUUACAAACUCUACCCAUGGUCCUUAUUGAAGAAGGUAACGGGUUCAAAAUAUCCAACCUUAAGGGCCUGACAGAUCUUCAAGGCAGGCUUUCUAUUUUGGGGCUAGACAAAGUGAUAGAUCCAAUACAAGCAAAGGAUGCCAACUUACAUCAAAAGAAGGGUCUUGAUGUUUUGGUGAUGGAAUGGAGUGAUGUGUUUGAUAGUUCUGGUAAUGAUUUGAUUGAAUAUGAAGUACUCAAAGAACUAAGGCCUCAUCAUAAGUUUAAGGAUCUCACAAUUUGUUUCUACAAGGGAACGAGAUUUCCUAGUUGGGUUGGCGAUCCCUCGUUUGAUCAGUUAACAGAGAUUAUGUUAUAUGGUUGUAGAAGUACACAUUUACCAACACUUGGAUGUUUACGGUCUCUUAAGAAAUUGAUUGUUGAAAGCAUGAAUGAAGUGCAGACCGUGGGUUUUGAGUUCCUUGAAUCCACUGCUUCUUUUCAUGGCAUUGCAUUUCCAUCCCUUGAAGUUCUGAAAUUUAAAGAUAUGGAAAGUUGGCAGAGAUGGUCGAUUAAUAGUGGCGACCGACAUGGAAUUCCUACAUCAUUUCCUCGUCUUCAUCAGAUCUCUAUUGGAUAUUGUCCAGAACUAGCUCAAGUGUCAAUCGGAUUGAUACCUUCACUUCGGGUUUUAUAUAUAACAAGAUGUUCCAAUGUAGUGUUAAGAAGCAUGGUCGGUUUGUCCACGUCACUUGUUAGUUUGGAAAUGGUGAAUGUUAAAGAACUUACUCAACUACAUGGAGAAGAUUUAAUGCAUCUUGGGGCACUUGAACAUCUACAUAUCAGCAAUUGUGAUGAACUGAGAUACAUGUGGGAACGAGAAUCAGAGGCAUGCAAGAGUCUUGUGAGUUUAAAGAAGUUGGAAGUAUGGUAUUGUAAAAACUUGGUUUCAUCAGCCGAGAAAGAGGCUAAUAUUGGGAUCAGCAUGGCAUCACUUAAAUCUGUGGAAUUUCGUAACUGUGAGACAUUGGAGAGUUACAAUUGUCCAAAUAGUGUUGAGAGCUUGUGUAUAAGUAAUUGUGAUUCAAUGAAAUCCUUGACUUUCUCAGCAGUGCAGGAGCACCCAUCCACUCUCACUGACUCGAUAGCCGGUGAUUUCGGUUUUCUCCCUGUGUCUCGCCUAAGAUCUCUUGAAAUCCAAGACUGCAAGAAUCUAAAGUCAUUUCCUCAUGAGCAUUUUCAAAGUCUCAAAUCUUUGGAAGAAAUGCUGAUAACUGAAUGUCCAAGUAUGGACUACUCUUUCCCUUGUGGGGUGUGGCCUCCUAAUUUAAACAAACUAUCGAUAGGAGGCUUACAUAAGCCCAUGUCAGAGUGGGGACCGCAAAAUUUUCCAACCACACUAGUUAAUCUAAAGUUAUAUGGUAAAUGUUCAGGAGUGGUUUCGUUUGCAGUGGCAGAGGAUGUGAGGAAUACUACAACUACUCCAUCAUCAUCAUCAUCUUUUCUUCUUCCUCCAUCUCUUGUUUCUCUAGAACUCAAUGGUUUUGAGGAUGUGGAAUCAUUUUCAGAGGUCAUACAAAACCUCCCGUGCCUUAAAACACUUUAUAUUUUGUCAUGCCCGAAGAUUACAGAUCUUAAGACAACUUCCGGCCCGUCAAAUUUGACAAUAUUUGUAUGGUAG